AUGUCAAAGCGAGGAGCAGGGGUGCGGGGCAAGGGGGAGCGACCUGAUGCCAUGGCAACUCUUCAAGCAGCCAAUGAGGAGCUGAGAGCCAAACUGACGGACAUCCAGAUCGAACUACAACAGGAAAAGAACAAGGUCAGCCGUCUGGAGAGAGAGAAAACUCAGGAACUGAAGGCAGAGCAUCACCGGGCGACGGUCGCCUUGACGGAGCUGAAAACCAAACUCCACGAGGAGAAGCAGAAGGAGCUGGCUGUUACCAGGGAGACAUUACUACGGCAACAUGAGAUGGAGCUAAUGAGAGUCAUCAAGAUCAAAGACGGAGAGAUUCAGCGUCUGAACGGACUGGUGCUAACGCUGAGGGACGGAUCCACGGACAAGGUGAGGAGCACGCUGCUGGCGGAGGUGGAGGAGACAAGGAGGAGCUGGGAGGUGGAGCGUUGUCGGCUCCAGCAGGAGGUUCAGGAACUGCGAGGAGCAAAGAGGAAUGCCGAGGAGGCCCUGACAUCGGCUCAGCAGGCCUGCCAGGCCCGAGCAGCUGAACUACGAUCAGCUCAUCACCAACACCAGGAGGAGCUGAACAGGACGAAGAGAGACUGCGAGAGGGAGAUCCGUCGACUGUCUCAAGAGGACCGGGACACUCGGAGGUUUCAGUUAAAAAUUGCCGAGCUCAGUGCCGUCGUCAGGAAGCUGGAGGAUCGAAACGCUCUUCUGUCUGAAGAACGCAACGAACUGCUGAAGCGUCUGAGAGAGGCGGAGAGUCAGCUUCUUCCUCUUCUGGACAAAAACAAACGUCUGAGCAGGAAGAAUGAGGAGCUGGCUCUUGCUCUCCGUCGCCUUGACAACAAGCUUCGCUUUGUCACACAGGAGAACCUGGAGAUGAAACAAAUGUGCGGCAUCCUCAGGAGACCAAGCUCUUUAAAUGACCUGGACCGCAGCCACUCCACCAGCUACCCCGGUUACAGCCAGGAGGAGAGAGAGAUGGAGUUUCUACGGUUACAAGUUCUAGAGCAACAACACAUCAUUGAUGACCUGUCCAAGGCUCUGGAGACAGCUGGUUAUGUAAAGAAUGUUAUAGAGAGAGACAUGUUACUGAGAUACAGACGUCAGGAUUCAGUGAGGAGGAAACGAACCUUCAGAGCCUGCAGGGUCAUUGAGACAUUUUAUGGAUAUGAUGAAGAAGCGUCUGUGGACUCUGAUGGAUCAUCUCUGUCCUUUCACACCGACCGAACUCCAGAUACUGAACCAGAAGAGGUGUGUGUGCGUGAGGAGGCGGAGCUUCGUUACCGUCAGCUGACUCAGGAGUAUCAGGCGCUGCAGCGAGCGUACGCUCUGCUGACGGAGACAAGUGGAGGAAACUACGACGCUGAGAAGGAGAUCAAGACCAGAGAGCAACUGUUGAAUGAAAUCAGUCGAUACGAAACCAGAGUUGCAGAUCUGGAGUCAGCACUGAAACAGCAAGGACUGGAUGUGAAGUGGGUGGAGGAGAAGCAGGCGUUGUAUCAGAGGAAUCAGGAACUGGUGGAGAAGGUGAGGCAGAUGGAAGGUGAAGAUCUGCGGCUCAAGAACGACAUCCAGGACGUCAAAGAUCAGAAUGAGCUGCUGGAGUUUCGGAUCUUAGAGCUCGAGGAGAGGGAGCGACGCUCACCGGCCAUUAACUUCCAACAACUCUAUUUCCCAGAAGGGCUCAGUCCUCUGCAGAUCUACUGCGAAGCAGAGGGAGUCACUGAGAUUGUGAUCAGUGAGUUGAUGAAGAAGCUGGACAUUCUGGGAGAUAACGCCGUAAGUAAUCUGUCCAAUGAGGAGCAGGUGGUGGUGAUCCAUGCCAGGACGGUGCUCACUCUGGCAGAGAAGAUCCAUAUUUUCUUCCCCUGUCUCUCUCAAUCUGUCUCUCUCUCUACUUGUCUGUCUGGUCAGUGGUUGGAGUCUAUUGAAAUGACAAAGUCGGCUCUGCAGCAGAAGAUGUUGGACAUUGAGAGCGAGAAGGAUCUGUUCAGUAAGCAGAAAGGCUACCUGGAUGAGGAGCUGGACUACAGGAAGCAAUCGAUGGAUCAGGCUCAUAAGAGAAUCCUGGAGCUGGAGGCCAUGUUGUUUGAGGCUCUGCAGCAGGAGGAGGAGUCCAGGAUGGAGGGAUUAAAGAUGGAGGAAGGUCGUCUGGCUGAAACACUGACGGAGGAGGAGAGGGAGGCCCUUAGGAGAGCGAUGGAUCAGUGGAAACGAACUGUGAUGUUCGAGCUGAGAGAGAGAGAUGCCCAGAUUCUGCGAGAGAGGAUGGAACUACUGCAACUCACACAACAGAGGAACAAGGAGCUGGAGGAAUUUAUAGAAACACAGAAACGACAGAUUAAAGAGCUCGAGGAGAAGUUUCUAUUUCUGUUUCUGUUCUUCUCUUUGGCCUUCAUCCUCUGGUCCUAA